GAGUCAGAUUCACGACCUCUCCUCCAGCACUACGACAAGCGCGUCUUCAGCAGUCUGUCACUCAUCAUCGACCGCAAAAUUUCAACGUGAUGAUGCAUCAGAGCGGCCAACAUCGCUGGUCAGCCGUCUGUCGAUCGUGUUGCCUCUAGGAACGCUCACGGCGACAAAACGAGGCAUUUCGUUGGACCUGGGCGCCUGCAAUGGGUCCCGCUAUCGCUCAACAUGAGCAAGGCGGCCGACUCAUGCGUUCGUGCAGAGGCAAGCCUGUGGCUCUUCGUUCUGCACCAGCUGGUGGACAAGUCUCGGUUGAACGCUGAUCAGGCCGCUGCGUUUGCCAACGGCAUGGAGAAGCUGGUCAUUGCCUUCAAACGUGCCAGCAAUCGCGCGUCGCUCGAGCACUUGAUCCCCUCGUCAGCCGAGGAGACGCUCCCCGACUUCGUUUUCGAGGCGAAGACUGGCCUCUGCGACGAUGACGGCAGAGUCGGCGACGACAAGGAUGAAGAAAGCGACGACGUCAAUGGCGAAGGUGGCAAGAGCGGCACCGAGGACGGCAACGACGCGAACGAGUUCAAAGGAGGCGCGACCGGCUGCUCCUAUCUUGACGACGAAGAUCAAGAUGAUGAGCUCGGCCUUCUUCUCUCGAGCGGCGAAGUCGAUGGCGGCACCAGCGAGCAGAUCUGGACCGCGCUUCACCGGACUGGCAGCUCCAAGGUCGGGUGCGACGAGCAGGGCCAAGACCUCGCCCUGUCCAACCUCGCGAAGCUCUUCCAGUCACUCGUCGCUCAACACGGUGACAAGUUCGGUUGCGAGAUGAUGGGCUUUGGUUUGUCGACGCUGGGGCUGUUCCCUCCUCGUCUCACCGCAGCUGACUUCGUCCGCGCGCUUUCGCAAUGGACGGAUUACUCGAGGGACUGCGAGGAGAUGCGCGCCCUGAGGCCCCCGCCUCCAGGGCCGUUGAGUGGGGACAAGUGGGUGGCGGACGAAGGCAGCGAGCAUUUGAAGAGGAGCGCCUGUGUGGGAUUGAAUCCGUUCAACCUCUACGCCGCCCUCCUCGUAAUGCUCUGCAAACCUUACCUGGUCGCCUGUCACCUGACAGGUCUGCCGUUGAACCACGCCGACGUCCCCGUCACCAUCGUCGCGCACCGCAUCCACGGCCUCCCCUUCUCAUCGGGCUUUGAUGUUGUGUUCCCCAGCGAUGUUGGCCAAUACCGGGAGUCGUCGCGCAACUUCCUGCUCGAGUCGAAAGCCGCCAACUGGAUUCGACGCACUUACGACGGCGCCGUCCUCUUCAACGUCGCCUACGGUGCACUUCACUUAGUCCCAUCGAUCUCGCCUCGAUCGAUUCUCAUUCCACCCUACUUCCUCUUUCCAUUUUUGACCUUCAUUACAUCGACUAUCUUCACAUUGGAUGCCAUACGUUGCGUGCAGCACGAGUCGCUGCAUGGAUCGUUGCGUCGCACAAUGGAUACAAUGCCCCCGACCGACCGACGCAGAGGGACGCAUUGCGGCAGGUGACGUUUGAGUGCGUGUGCGAAGAAUUAUCUUCGUGUGAGGAUGAGCGUCGGAUCUCACAACCAGCAUCUAGUCAUCAGUAAAAUCACUCAUCGUCGACAUC